GACCAAUCGGCGGCGCCCUUGCUGGCGGCCAAUCGUCGCGCCGCGUCUUGGGUGGCGUUGUCACGGUAACGGCGCGACGCCAUGCAAGGGCCGCGGCCUCCGCGGGCAUGGCCAGGAGGCAGCAGGGCCCCGAGCUCCCGCAGAACUUCCACGGCUUCCUUGGCUUCCCUGGGAAAAGCCCCCCGGAGCGGGGCCCACGUGGGCAGCCAGGGAGCCCUGCAGGUUUUUGAUGAGGAAGGGAAGAAUGUAACACCCCAACCCCUCUUCCAUCCAGACCCAAAUGCUGCCAGGCAAGAAAAGACACAUGGAAGCAGCACAUCCCCAAGCAAGGCUGCCUUGGAUGAGACAGAGCCUGCAGAGGGCCCAGCCCUGAGCUGGUCUGCAGGGCAGCAGCAGCAGCAGGAGGAGGAGGAGGAGGCAGCCCUGAGCGAGGCAGAGCUGGAGCAGAGGGUGGAGGUGCUGCUGGCUGAGACGGACACGCUCUGGAUGCUGCACCUGCCCCCGGCCCUGCUCUCCACCGAGGCACAGGAGGCUCCCCGGGUGCUGGAGAGGAAUAAGAUUUAUGCAGAGAUUUGUGAGGCUAAAAUUGGCAGUGAGUACUUUGAAGAAAAAAUCGUGCAGACCAUCUCUGGAGCUGCCAAGACCAAGGAGGUGCAAUGUGAGACCAUCAACGUGGCAGAGAAAGGGACGAUGGUGACUCCCUGGGAUCUGGGAGAUUCACUGGAUGCCUCAGGAACAGAACCUGCAGAGGCAGAACCACCUGAAAGUCCAGCAGGGAAAAGCAGCAAAUCUCCCACAGCAGAAGAGCAGGGGGAGGCUGGGGCUGUCCCUUCUGCCACAGAGAGUGCUGCUCCUGCCAGCAGCCCCGAGGAGCAGGAAUGCCACUCAGGAGCAAUCCUAACUUCAGCAAAGCUGCAGCAGGAUUUAGUUGUCAUGGAGAGGAUUCUCAUGGAGAACAUUUUCCAGCCCAAGCUCGCAGUCUAUCGGCAGAUUCCUGUGCUCAUAGAACCUGUUGUUACCUCAGACACCGAGGAGGAAGGAGAUGAAGAGGAUGAUGAUGAGGAGGAGGAGGAAGCAGCAGAGGCAGCUGAAAGCCCAGCAGAGGGGGCAGGCCCCAGGCUGGAGCUGCUGUGGUCAUACGGGUGUGAUUUAACCAGGGGGCACAGCGUGAGCAGCAUGGCUUGGAACAAAGCCAACCCUGAUCUCUUAGCAGUUGGUUACAGGGAGUUUCUGUCCCGGGAUCAGAGGAAAGGCCUGGCUUGCUGCUGGUCACUGAAGAACCCCAUGUGGCCCGAGCGCAUUUUCCGCUGUGAGCACGGUGUCACCGCCGUGGAUUUCUCCCUGGCCCGGCCCCACCUGCUGGCAGUGGGGACAGCCAGUGGCCGUGUGGCCAUCUACGACGUGCGCAGCCGCCAGGACAGCGCCCUGCUGGACAGCAGUGCAUCCCUAAAUAAACACAAAGGUCCUGUGUGGCAGCUGAGGUGGGUGGAACAGAACAGAGGUGCAGCAGCAGGUGACAAAGAAGAGAGACUGAUGUGCAUCUCGGGAGAUGGGCGAGUGACCCAGUGGUUCAUUCAGCAAAGGCUGGAUUGCUCUGAUGUGAUGCAAAUCAAGCGAACAGAAAGUGAGAAGAAGAAAUUACCAGGUGAGAGAGAAAGGAAAAGUGAAGGUCCCAUAUCACAGCAGGCAGCUGGAAUGUGCUUUGACUUCCAUCCAGAGGAUGCUGAUAUUUUUCUUGCUGGAACAGAAGAGGGACACAUUUACUGCUGCUCUUGCUCAGGCAAGGAGCAGAUUCUGGGCACAUACAGAGGCCAUGAGGGCCCUGUGUACAAAGUUGCCUGGAAUCCCACCAGCACAAACAUGUUCCUCAGCUGCUCUGCAGACUGGAGCAUCCUUUUGUGGCACAGGGAUUCCCACAGCCCCCUUUUAACCUUCACUUCUGUCACAGCUUUUGUUCACGACAUCAAGUGGACUCCACGAUCAGCCCUCAUGUUCGCAGCAGUGAAUGAGAAGAGGGUGGAGAUUUGGGAUCUGAGUGUGAGCAUCUUCGACCCCGUGCUCUCCUGUGCUGCCAGCCCUGAAGGGAACCUCAGCUCCCUGCUGUUUGCCAGGAACGCCGAGUGCCUGCUCCUGGGGGACAGCUCUGGCCAGGUGGGGGUGUGGCAGCUGCACAGCCUGGCUGUCCCCAGCACCGACCAGGUUGGCUCCUUGUAUGACAUUGUUGCUUCUGCUGGAGCUCUUUGA